AAUUAAUUGGAAUUGUGUGACCAGCUCGCCGGAGAAUCAUCGCAGGAAGUGUGUUCGAUGGCGAGAACUUUGACGAAUCGAUUGGAAUCUCGUUUUUUGAUUCGUUUCCUUGAAUAUCCGACUCUGUUAGCCUCCUGCUUCACGAGUUCAAGAUCCCUUCAAACCCUAGCCUACGAAGAAGUCCGAUCUUCCGGAGAUCGGAAGAAUGAAUCUACAGCUAUCAUUCUUCAUGGCCUCCUCGGCUCCGGCCGCAACUGGCGAUCGUUUUCUCGCUCCCUCGCGUCGUCUCUCUCCGUCUCCUCUCCCUCUGGUUUGCCUCUCUUUAUAUCUGAUCGGUAUCUCCAGAUUUCCUUUGAUUUUAUCGAUUCUUUUGUUGUUUCGUUAAUACUAGAUUGGAAGAUGAUACUGGUUGAUCUGAGGAACCACGGGAGAUCUACGGAGGUGGAAGGGAUUAACCCGCCUCAUGAUCUUGUGAAUUCCGCCAAGGAUUUAGCUGAUUUGGUCAAGGCAAGUGGCUGGAAUUGGCCUGACGUGGUCAUUGGUCACUCACUGGGAGGCAAAGUAGCCUUGCAGUUCAUGGAGAGUUGUGCUCGUGGUGAUUAUGGUGAAUCCGCUUCUCCUCCUAAACAGCUAUGGGUACUAGACUCUGUCCCUGGGGAAGUCAAGGCAGAAAAAAGUGAUGGCGAAGUAGAGAAAGUUCUGCAGACGUUGCAGAGUUUACCUUCACCAAUACCUUCCCGCAAGUGGCUCGUGGAUCAUAUGGUCGAGCUUGGGUUUUCAAGAUCGUUAUCUGAGUGGAUUGGCAGCAAUCUCAAGAGAUCUGGUGACUCAGAGACUUGGGCCUUUAACCUUGACGGAGCUGUCCAAAUGUUCAAGUCUUACAGAGAGACUUCGUACUGGUCGUUGCUAGAGAAUCCGCCAAAAGAGACGGAGAUUUCUUUCGUGAUCGCAGAAAAGAGUGACCGAUGGGACCACGAUACGACCACACGGCUUGAAAUAAUUUCUAACCGAAGACGGAAUGUCUCAGAAGGGAAGGUUGCAACUCAUCUUCUCUGUAACUCUGGCCACUGGGUCCACACAGACAAUCCAAAGGGACUCCUAGAGAUUUUGAGCCCAAACUUCUUGUCCUCCACACACAAAUAGACGGUGCGAUACGAGAACUGCAUCAGUGUUUCGUCUGAGCAUCUCCAAUAUAUCAUUCCAUUUAUGAAGAUGGAAUUUUCUUCAAUGUAUUUCUUCAUUUCUUACUCUAAAAAGAAUAUUUUAAGUAUAUUUUUAACUUUAUUAUUACUUCCUGAUAAUACAUUUUAUCUAUAAA